CGCCUUCUGCUCGUGAUCAUGACCCUGGCUGCUCUAAUGCCGCUUCCACAGGCCCGCCACCUGCACGACCAGGUGGCGCUCGACUAUGCCUAUGACGAAGAUGCCUCCGGCUCAGCCCGUUCAGCGGCCGCCUCCAUCAGCUCGUCAUCGUCAUCGUCCUCCGCAUCGUCCGCCGCAUCUUCAGCGGCGGAUAGGCUGUCCGCGUGGAAUGUGAACCCCUUCCACGGACUGGAGGACAGCUUCGGCGAGGGCAGCUACGACAGUGAUGUGAGCCUGAGCGAGAGCAGCUACGAGGAGAUCGCCCAAGUGGCCAUGAGGGCCGCACGCCGGGAGCUGCGCCGUCAACGCACCCGACACGCGCGCAGCCACAACCUGCGCCUCUUCUCCAGCACCCCACAGGCGCCCGAGUGGGAGAAUCCCUGCGGUGGGGUCUACCAGCCGGACGAGAGCCUGCCCGCUGAUGCGGACAGCUCCAGCCAGGGACGCGUAAUCAAGAGAAAGCACCUGGUCGCCUUGCGGAACAUCACCAUGAGCGAGUUCCAAUUCAUCCGCAGCAGCGCCAAACUGGAGUACGGCAACUACCAGCACUGGCAGCGCGAGUACAAGUUCCUGCCAAACAUGACGCGGCCCACAAAUGCGGUGAAGCUGAAGACCUGGUACCGCAACAUGCAGACCUUCGUGGGUAGCUUCUCGUACCUGGGACGGGCGCAGUACAAGUACCGCAAGGAGCAUCAGCAGAACCUGAACGCCGUCACCCACGAGCUGCACGAUCUGCUGGUCAGCGCGCGGAGCAUGCUCUGCGAGAUCGAGACGACCAUCAACGCCUCCUACCCGAACAGCAACGGGGCGAAGCUAAGCCGCGUCAGCCGGGCGGCGAUGCUGGAGCGGCUGCGGUUCCAUACGCCGGCCGACGGUAGCCAGGAGGCGGAUGAGCGCGACCUCAAGGUCACCAAGGAGCUCUACAUCCAGUAUUUGGACAACGUGUGGAAGACACUGCGCCGCGCUCUGCGAAAGCAGCACCGCAACAGCCAGGAGCGUCGCCAACAGGUGGGAGCUGUGGCAGUGCCAGCGGCAGCGGGUGUCGCAACCGGACAGGGAGCAGGCUCCCUGGGGCAUUCCGGCUCGGAGAGCAUCGAGAUAGGCCUCUCCAAUGCGGCCAUGGCCAACGGAUCCGACUGCGGCGCCAGUGGGUCGGUGGAAUGCUGAGUCCUAGUCACACUUAAUCCAGCUCCAGCUUCAGUCCCAGUCCCAUCACUAGCCCCAGCCCCAGCCCCGCCCUGUGCGCCUCCUCCAGUAUUAGAGCCAAGCGAAUGCUGUGCACAGUCUGUAGUCUGUAGUUCGUAGUACCAGUACCUCCUUCCAGUUGUUCCAGCUGCAGCAUUCCAAGCCGCUUCCAAGCCAAGCCAAGCCAAGC